GUCCAGUCGCGCAAAUAAUUAGAGCUCCCUGGACGAACAUCGAACAGUUGAGCAUACCUCCUUGCGCUCAACAACACUAUGGCGCGAAAACAGAGAGCAGCUGCCCAAGCAGCUGCACAAUCGCUGAAAGCCGCCGCGCCGCAACAAGUCGACGAAGAGAUGCCAGAUGCCCCGUCCAACGCACCCAGUCCUCGCGAUGACGAUGGAGAUACCCCUAAGAAGAAGGAUGAAACUCCCGUUACGGAAGUACAGGAGGCGGAAUGCAACUCAGAGCGACCAGCAGAAGAAUCAGAACGCCCUUCGCCUACCACUCCAGAUACACCCAUCCGCCCAGGUCGAGUAUCUGCUAUUCCUAGAAAGCGCGGUCGAGUUGGUCGCCCGCCCAAAAUAAGACCCCCAGAUGACGGAACUGGCGAAGCACGGUCGGAAGUUAGCACUCCCGUACGGCGAAGGGGACGUGGUCGCCCGUCUGCUGGUGGGCGAUGGGGACGAGCCAAAGGAGGCCCCUCCCAUGUCACCCAGGUCCCAAUUGAUAAAGAAGGAAACAUGAUGGACGUUAUCAACGACGAGGUUGACCUCCCUGAAGACCCCGAGGGGGAGACGAAGGUUGAUAAGCUGGGCAAUCUACUGGGUGGUCGCGAAUAUCGCGUGCGGACGUUUACGAUUCUUAAUAAAGGGGAGAGACUCUACAUGUUGUCGACGGAGCCGGCGCGUUGCAUUGGGUUUCGCGAUUCUUACCUGUUUUUUCAGAAGCAUAAGCUUCUUUUUAAGAUCAUCAUUGAUGACGAUGCGAAGCGGGAUUUGAUUGAGAGAGAGCUUAUACCGCAUUCUUACAAAGGGCGCGCGAUCGGCGUGGUUACGGCGCGAUCAGUGUUCCGCGAGUUUGGGGCCAAGAUCAUUAUUGGGGGGCGCAAGGUUAUUGAUGAUUAUUCGGCGCAAGCUGCCAGGGAACGAGGCGACGUGGAGGGCGAACUGGCUGUGCCAGAGGACAGACUACCGGGCCCCGGAGAGACAUAUGACAAGAAUCGAUAUGUGGCUUGGCAUGGAGCAAGUAGUGUUUAUCAUUCUGGCGCUCCUUCGGUACCCAUGCCAAUGGGGAAGAGCGUAGAUCAGAAGAAACGAAAGGUACUAGUAACGGGGGAUAAUUGGAUGAUCGAACAUGCUAGAGAAGCAAGCCGGUUCAAUUCUACUAUCCUCGCAGCACGCCGCGAAAAUCUUGACGGUCAAUACGACAUCCACACAAACACCAUGCAGUAUCCCAAGAUCAUGCAACCCACCCACGUUCGAUUGGAAACCAUCCCACCCCCAGAAUCGACACGGGCGGACAGAUCACAGCUCAUCAGUAGCGCAUCAACAGCUGCCCUUGGUGUCGCGAAUGGCACAACAGCAAGCCCAGCUGACAAUGGAAGAGAACGACCGCGUAACGACCUCUCUAUACAGGCUAAAAUAGACGAAUCCACAAAAGUCACAAACACAAUAUUCCCUUCCGUCCCUGCCGUCUUCAGCCGCACCUUUGAAAUUCAAGACAUACACUAUGAAUCACCACCAGAAUCAUCGUUGGGUCUCCCUGGCCCAGAUGGAGACGUACAAGAUAUAGGCUCGAAUGGGUUAAUUAGUAUUUCGCUUGGCAGGAACAAUCCCAUAUUUCGCACCAGCCCUGAUAUACUAGCAGAACUGCCACGUGAAUGCCAGGUUGCAUACCGCGAAGCAGCCAUCCGGGAGUGGGAAUGGAAAAGCCGGUGGAGAAGCGAAAAGGAGGAUGGGCUGAGAGCACCGUUGAAAUUGAAUUAUUCGUGGAACCCAUGACAAAAAAUGGGUCACAGAUGAAAAUUAAUUGGACAUUCUUUUUUCAGAUACCGUUUGUCAUCACUAGGCUGCUUGGGUUAAGGUCAUUUGGACCAUUACAAGAGAGCAGCGCCAUAUUUCAAAAUCAGAAUGGGGGAUGUGGGGACUGGCUUUGCUUGUUUUUUUUUCCCUCCUUCGCAUAUGGAGUUCGGCGGACUGGGUGGAGUGGAUGGUUUAGCUUGUCAUUUUCUCGUUUCAUAUGCAAUGGCGUCUCAAGAAGGCCAUUUUGUUUCGGUGAGGGAGCAAGCGCAAUAAUGACAUUUUCUCUUUCUUUUUUUGUAUUUUACUUUUAUGCUUCAUACUCUGUGCUAAUUUUAAUAUAUAUACAUUAUUUUUGCUAUCCUCCGAUUUCGGUAUUUGGGGAAACGCAAUUGCACGCACUGCUGAAUCUCCACACCAGGGCAAGGUGGUAGGAAUCCUGUGGCUACCACACCACAUG